CUGGACCGCGGAUGGUACGUUCCGCACGUGAGCUGGGUGCUGGUCUGGCCGGCGACGCGCGUGCCCUGUGGCCAAACACUGCCCGGAGUGAGAGCAAACUACCAGCGCAGUGCGUGUGUGCGCGCGGGUGUGCGCGCGCGGGUGUGCGAGAGGGCGAGCGAGCGAGCACGGGGCGGAGGGGCGGCCAACUGCUUCACACUUUCAAUACUGCACUGAAGAGGGAGAGCGAGACAGCCUGGAGACGCACACAACCCCCCAAAAUCUCUCCAGACGACCGUCCCACGGAUCACAGGACAGAACCCUCCAAAUCGAAACGGAGGAAACGGACAGCCAUUGAACAUGGACGAAGGAAUCCCUCAUUUGCAAGAGAGACAGUUACUGGAACAUAGGGAUUUUAUAGGACUGGACUAUUCCUCUUUGUAUAUGUGUAAACCCAAAAGGAGCUUGAAGCGAGACGACACCAAGGAUACCUACAAAUUACCGCACAGAUUAAUAGAAAAGAAGAGACGAGACCGAAUUAAUGAAUGUAUUGCUCAGCUGAAAGACUUACUGCCUGAACAUCUGAAAUUGACAACACUGGGGCAUCUGGAGAAAGCAGUAGUCUUGGAAUUAACUUUGAAGCACUUAAAAGCUUUAACAGCCUUAACGGAGCAGCAGCAUCAGAAGAUAAUUGCUUUACAGAAUGGGGAGCGCUCUCUGAAAUCGCCGGUCCAGGCCGACUUGGAUGCGUUCCACUCGGGGUUUCAAACCUGCGCCAAAGAAGUCUUGCAAUACCUCGCGCGCUUUGAGAGCUGGACGCCCAGGGAACCGCGCUGCGCACAGCUCGUCAGCCACCUGCACGCCAUGGCUACCCAGCUUCUGACGCCACAGGUGACCCCGGGCAGGGGCCCUGGGCGCGCGCCCUGCAGCGCUGGGGCUGCAGCCGCCUCGGGUUCCGAGCGCGUCGCCCGCUGCGUGCCGGUCAUCCAGCGGACUCAGCCCGGCACGGAGCCCGAGCACGACACGGACACCGACAGCGGCUACGGAGGCGAGGCGGAGCAGGGCCGCGCCGCCGUCAAGCAGGAGCCACCCGGGGACCCGUCGCCUGCGCCCAAGAGGCUGAAGCUGGAGGCGCGCGGCGCGCUCCUGGGCCCGGAGCCCGCGCUGCUCGGCUCUCUCGUGGCGUUGGGCGGGGGCGCGCCCUUCGCGCAGCCCGCCGCCGCGCCCUUUUGCCUGCCCUUCUACCUGCUGUCGCCGUCCGCCGCCGCCUACGUACAGCCCUGGCUAGACAAGAGCGGCCUGGACAAGUAUCUGUACCCCGCGGCGGCCGCGCCCUUCCCGCUGCUGUAUCCCGGCAUCCCCGCAGCAGCCGCCGCUGCCGCCGCCGCCGCUUUCCCUUGCUUGUCGUCCGUGCUAUCGCCACCCCCGGAGAAGGCAGGUUCGGCCGCUGGUGCCCCAUUCCUGGCGCACGAGGUGGCGCCCCCGGGGUCGCUGCGCCCCCAGCACGCGCAUAGCCGCACCCACCUGCCGCACGCCGUGAACCCAGAGAGCUCUCAGGAAGAUGCCACGCAGCCGGCCAAGGACGCCCCCUGAACCCAGCAUUCCUUCCAGAACAGGGCAGGGGGCUCCUGAGGAGUCGCCAGGUUUCCAAGUUCAAACAUCCCCUAAGGCGUACCAGGGAGGAAGAGUAAGAGAUGCUCUGCUCGACAGGCUUAGGACAAAAACAGGUGUUUUGUGUAUGUUUGGAGUUCCUGUUUUGCCCGUUUCUCACCCUUCUGCCACCCCACCCUCUACCCUUUGACACUCCCUUCCCCAUCCCUGCUGUCACAGAGCCUCCCUGAGAAAUACUGGUUAUCUUAAAUUACCCUCCCUUACAUUUAGUUCACGUUCUCUGUUUCCAAACAUAGACCCUGGUUCAGGAGUCUGGGGUGGGAGAGCCACGCGGAACCAGUUAGAGUGCCUGGUAUCAGGGCUCCUUGACCCAGGCCUGGAACAGUAGCUGUGUCCCCUGUCUGUCCCCUUAGGAGGUGACCCAUUAACUGAGGGUCUCUGAAAGUUACAUUGACGUGUCAGUAUUUUGUAUUCUUCAGCUUUUUGGAAGGUACCUCUUUUUCAAAGAAGUGAGGAUGCCAUUGCCCUGUUGUGAGGUGGCUGGAGUGGUGUCUUUAUACCUUGCACCUGUUGGGAGAAACUGAGAGUUGGGGCCAUCUUCAGGCACUGUGUCAGUGUGGGAGCUGGAAGAGGGAGUUUGGAGCCCGUGGCGCCUUUGCUCGCACUUUAUUGACAAAUUGACCUCAACCCCUUUGUCCCAUGUCUCAACUCACAGAUAUAUGUCAUAGGUUAUAUAUUUGUGUUUCUGAUCCCUCGUUAUUUUAUCCAUCAUGGUCCCAAAUUUUUGUAAUGUUACUGGGGUUUGGGGUGGGGUGGGGUGUUAAAGUGCUCUGGGCUGGAAAAAGACAAGCCCAAACCUAUUGAUUGUCGAAUUCUUAGAUGACAGAAGUGGAGAGAGGGGCUUGUGGUCCCUUGUGAUGGGAAGUGCUGUGAACAUGUAGAAGGCCCUGCCAGGCCUCGCUCUCUCAAGUCUCUAUGUAUUUUUCGGGAGACCAAACCAGACACCAGAUAAUCAGGAAGAAAGCUUUUUAAAAUAAGGCAAAAACCGAGACCUUGUCUAGAUAUUUUUAGUUUGUUGCCAAGGUAGCACUGAGAAAUCUCACUUGAAUGUUACAUAAGGAGUGAUUCACAAUAGUCUAGAGUGAAGAAAGUUAUCUGGGUCUGUGAGUGUUCGGGUCCGUUUGCUGCUGCUGUUGCUACUGUUUGCCUCAAACGCUGUGUUUAAACAACGUUAAACUUCUUAGCCUACCAAGGCGGCCGUAUGUACAUAGCUGUUAAUACUCCCAACUAAUGAUGUCUGACAUGCUAUUUUUGUAGGGAGAAGAUACCUGCUAGUGAUAUUUUGAGUUAAAAUAUCUUUUGGGGCGGACUUGGUGAAAUGUUUGCACUUUGGUCACAAUGCUUCUACUGCUUGGUGCAAGCUUACGCUGUCUUAAAUUAUUAAACAAAUAAAAAUAUUAUCUGCAAGAAAAACCAGCUGGUUUAGACAAGUUUAGUAUGUAAAGAUAAGCUAGAAACUAUCUUUAUAUUCUAGUAUUUUCAGCACUCCAUAUUACCUAAAUAUUGCCACACUAUUUUGUGAUUUAAAAGUUCUUACUAAGGAAUAAAAUCUUUAUAUAUGAUA